AUGGCUAUGGCAAGUCGUGCUUCCCGUUCGACCAAGCUCCCGCCAGAGGUUUUUCAUUUUUUUUUGCUUUUUUUUCAUUCAAUGCUUCUUUAAAGGUUAACCGAAUGCUGUACAUCAAGAACCUCCCAUAUAAAAUCACCACUGACGAAAUGUACGACAUUUUUGGCAAAUUCGGUGCAGUUCGGCAGAUUCGAGUGUGAGUUUUUCUUUUCAUAAUUAUUUAAGUCGGAACAUGAAACUAUUUUUCAGAGGGAACACGCCGGACACCCGAGGAACUGCAUUCGUCGUUUACGAAGAUAUUUUCGACGCCAAGGCGGCUUGUGAACAUCUUUCCGGUUUCAACGUUUCAAACAGGUAAAUUCUUUGGAUUUAGUCUUUUGCUGAAUUUGAAAUGAUUUACAGAUAUCUCGUCGUCCUGUACUACCAAGCAACAAAGGCCUGGAAACGAAUGGACACUGAAAAGGUUUUUUUUAUUAACAAAUUCAUAAGUUAUUGAAAAAAAUUAACUUUUUUUCAUGAUAUAUAUUGCAAAAAAAUUAUAACUUUAUCUUUUUUUAUGCCUCUUUAAGCAACUACAUAAGCAUUCGUGUAACUUGUUUUUUUAGAAGAAAUAUUUGAAAAAUUUUUGUCCUUUUUUUAACUUUUUGAAGUACAUCAAGGCCUUUGAAAAUAAGUUUUUUUUAAACGAAAUUUUAACGAACUCGUUAAGGCGCGAGAAAAGCUGGAGAACAUCAAGGAGAAGUACGGAAUCGGUGGUGAUAUCGAGAAAGAGAAGGAGAAAAUGGGAUUGAUAACUCCAAGAAGAAAUAACUAG